GCAUGUCGCGCGAGUCCACGCAGUUUUUUACGGCAAUUUGGGACGAGUAGAAGAGGGAGAGAAAGAGAGAGAGGGAGAUCCUGCGGAACGUCAAAAUACGGCCGUAAGCACGGUCCGAUCAUGGUGUACGCCCGGCAUAUUAUUAUCGUGCGCGUGUAGCGUGCACGGAGGAACUGUCAUGUGGCAUUUCCCGUCAGGUGUAUGUACGCGCCUCCUCAUGUCGCAUCUUCGCGUUAUUAUCGAUCAUUCGUUCGCCAAUGUAAUCUUCGUCGUUGCCAUGUUUCGUCGCAUCGAACAAGUAGCAAGUCCUGCCGUACCACGUGACCGCAGUUUACAAACGGCCGUUGUCACAAACUGCUGAGCUGCUGUGGUAUUGUGCGUGGCGCACGCCUGUUAAAAAUUGUAAAAUAAUCGAUCUCGCGCGUCGUGAUAUUGAGUAGAUUGUAAUCUUUGCAGUUGCGCGCAACUCUUGAAUCUCACUGCAAUUACUUACAUACAUACAUGAGGAAUGUGGAUAGAUAAUAAAAACAUUUUGUGGGAUGUUAUCCACAUGGUUGAAGAAUGAAGAUAUGAAGAGCGGUUGUCAGAAAGAAAAGUCCAAUAAUAAGAAAGGAUAUGUUUUCUUCUCGGACCCAGACGUUAUUGUUAAACGUGCAGAAACCACUGCUAUUGAAGCACAGAUUAGGCGAGAUUUUGAAGCACAACAGCUAGGUUCUGGAAAACAAUCAAUUAACUUGCCAGCUUCUACAUCUGGCAUAAAGAAUCUAGAAAAUUUGUUAUCGUAUCAUCCUGUACAACCAUAUCCCUUUACAUUUAUUAGUGCUGUUAAACAAAAACUUGCUUUAGGAGGUCUGUCCAAUAACAAUACAGAGAUACAUUAUCCAAGCUCACAGGCAAGAAACAACCUGAUAUCUCCGGUAUUGAAGACAAAUUUUAAACAGAAUCCUUAUCAAGUUGUACAAAAAAUGGAUUUUUUUAAACCAUUAAAAGUACCAGAUUUGAAAAUUUCUCCAAAAACUCUGGAUUUCUCUAGUAGAGAGAAUUCUGUCUCAAAGGAAUUGCCUUCAACAAAGUCUGAGAUAGCUGUGAAAGAAUUAUCGUACGAUAGAUCAGACAAAACAGCAAAAGUUGGUGAGAGGGUACAGAGGAAAUUGGACUUUUCCUCAUCGGAUGGCCCAUCAACUAUUAAUUGUGAAAGCAUAGAACCACUGAAGGCACCAAAUGUAUCCAUAGCUUCUAAUUUUAGCAAAAAGAAGGAACACAUACACAUCAGAGAUAGCUCUAGAGAAAAGGAAAAUAGAUCCAAGAGAAUAAAGAAGGAUGACUCCUUGUGUACAAAGAAGGACGAGUCUGUGCAGGACCAAGUGAAACGUAGUAAAAGUCCAAGACGUGUCUCCAGAAGAGAUAUGGCUGAUAGUAUGAAUAGUAUCACAACGACGAGAUUGAAGAAUGAUCGAUUACCAUUUCAUACGACAAAAAGUAACGACUUUUUGUCGACAAAAUCCAAGGUUAAAACUUUUGUAACAUCUACCGCUAAGAAAGAUAAUGAGAAAAGACAGAGGUCGUUUAAUACACAAUCUGUAGAAUUAGCAAAAGACAUUCCUCUAGAGUUCAAGGGACGAACGUGCGGUAAAAAAUCACCACUGGAUUCUGUACCUUGGAAAGUAUCAGAUAAAGUUACAACGAGAGAUAAUAGUAGUAGCAUGACUGUUUUAUCUAGCAAUACUGAAAAUAAAUCUAAAGACAUUUGCCAUUUGAGGCAGGUAGAAGACUUAAAAUAUAAAUGUGAUUCAGAUAAUAGACAAUUAAAGCAAGAUAAACCAAAUACUACACAUAAGGAGCAAAUAAAGAGAGUGUCUGAAAAGAGUAAAGCUUUGUCUAGUAAAAUCGAAGGAAAGAUACAUAACGCUACUACUGAACCGUCAGAAGAUAUCGAGUCUGAAACAAACAGCUCCAAGAAUCGUGUAAGUGUUUAUCCUGUAAGUUCUGUACAGCAAUCAAAAAGUGAAGAUACCGAAACAAUGAUGGAAAGCAAGCAGAACGUCAAUUCUGUCAGAUUGGCUAAAAUCUCGGAGAAUUUCAAGUAUGCAGAACAUGUUGCGACACAGUCCACAAGCGUAACUGUUAAGAAGGACGAAGAGUUGUAUUCUCAGGGUAUCACUACAACUGAACAAACAACUACUAAUGAUGAUACGAACGACGUGGAUGUUACUAUACUGCCAGAGGAUUUGUUCGAUCCUAGGAGAAUCUCUUUCAGGGAUAACAGUUAUUCUCAGCAAGAGGAAUUUCAUAAUUUAACUACACCGGACAAAUUUGAUUUUAUGCCCAGACCUAAGCAAAGAAGAUACUUGAUACAAAGCAGCGAUUCAGAAGUGGAUGCAAGAUGUUCAAAGUACAAAUUAACGGCAAAAUCUGAGAAGGAGCAAGAAAAGACGCAAUUGAAACAUCCAGAAGCUCUGCAUAUGACACUUCAGGCAGAAUGUGGACUCUUCGAGUCUCUCAAUGAGGCUUAUAAGAAUACUGCGGAAGUCGAGAAGUGUUUCCACAAUAUGAAGCGCGAGCAAGAACAAAAGAAUCCACAAAUGGAUAGUGAGAAAGGCGAAGAUAUACGAGUUGAAGAAGGUCGAGUGAUUGCUACAGCUGAUAAUUUUGCUGAAAAUGCCGUAUGGAAAUCACUGGACUAUGGGAAAAAAGACGUUGCAAAUACGAGAAAACUGCACGCAUGCGAUGACGUGCAUUUUAUCAGGGAACAUUACGCUUCGAACCAGGCAAAAAUCGAUGAAACGAUCGAUAAUUUUAAAGCCAAAGUUAUCAAACAAGUGGCGGAAGUGCAGACACAAACUGUGAAUGAUAUGGCAACCCAGACGGAUACAUACGUGGACAAGCGGAACACGCAAAACAACAAAUUAUCGGACAUCCGUAUGUACGAAUCCUUGAGAGAGAACGAAUAUCCUCAUCUGUCUUUAGAUUCAGCUGGACAAUUCGAAGAUCUGGAUCAGAUAGAAGGGAUAUCGGUGCCCAGCCGAAUAACCAUGUCGGAGAUUAGUGUACACGAAACUACUUCGUCAAUAAAAACAGAAACUGGAAAUGAGAUUAGUAUCUCAACUCGAGACUUAACAUGUUGGGUUAAGAACAAAGAUUUUAAGAAGUAUUUACAAUUAAGUUUAGCGCAGCUGUUAAGAGACGAAAAUCAAAGAUACGAUAGAUUAGAAAUGCUGUUUAAAGAAAGUGAGAAAUUUUUGAACGACAGAACGAAAAAAUUGGCGGAAUUGGAAGAGGAAAAACGCGCAUUGAGAGACACGGGACAGGACGACCAUCUCAUUAGCUCCGUGAAGAAGAAGCAGAGAGCUUUACUUUUGAAAUUGCAAGAGGAGCAAGAUGAGAUGAACAGAUUAAAAGAACUGCACGAAAUUGCGAGCCAGGAACGGAAGCUUAUGCUACAAAAGCAGAGGGACAUGUUUAACCCACACUUGUCGACGAAAAAUAUCUUAACGAAAUUGAAAAGAAGCGCAGAUAGCCAGUCGCCAAGAAGAUCAUCUGGUCCUAUGAAGGGUUACGAUAUACGCAGUAAUAGUUCUGUAAGUUCCUUAAUCGAUUCGGACAAAUCCCAACACGAUCGGUCUCAAGCGGAUGCACGUCUACAAGUAUCCGAAAGUGAUAUACAUUUGUCCAAGCCUGAUAUUGCCAAGUCCGACAAGUGUGAAAAUCUGGCCGAGGAAUCUAACACAUCGGCGACUAGAUUUGACGAUUUGGCUGAGAGUAAUGAGUCACACGAGGAGAUUUCUCUGAAGCCGCAAAAGAGAAACGACAUGUCCAGGUAUGAGUCGAAGUCUCGGAAGUAUGAGGAGAAAAUGCCCAAGGCGGAGAUUUUGCGGCAGAAACAGAAUCAGUUCGAUCUCGAGUCAAAGUGGAUUCAAAGCCAUUCCAUGAGUAUAAAACGUCUUUUGGAAAAUCAGAAACCUUUUGAGGUGUCGUCGUCGAUACUGGGAUCGAAAACGUCGCAAAUAGCGGAUCCCUUUGUUCAGACGGUCUCAAAAGGAAAAGAACUGGCUGUCAAUAUUGUAUCUACCAAUAGCGAAUCUGUAGAGGAAGAGAUCAAUUCGAAGAUUCAGUACACCGUUUCGAAAGCAACGAAAUCGUCGCAAGUCACUGAAGAUAUAUUACAGACAAGUAACGCUAAAAGCUCGAGGAAGAUUGAUAAAUCACCUGCGAGCGAUAAGGAUCAUGUUUCUAAGAAGCUGCAACAUAGCAUCGAGUUGAAAUCAAGCUCCAAACGCAAGAGUUCCAAGCAUCAGAAAACAAAAUCAUCCUCCAGCACAUUAACGGAAAAUUUAUCGCGACCCAAAGCUAGUUCUCACGUAUUGGAGAAGCUUAUGAAGCAUCACGACAAACGAACAAGAGUGGAGAAUGAAUUGCUUCAGUUAGACGAUAAUAACGAAAGCUCGGUAUUGGGCCGAUUGGAUCUUAACGAAAGCCAGAAUUCGCUUCAGGCGCUGGUUAGGCAUUCGAAAGAAGUGAAGGAUAAGAACUCGAAAUUACUGAGUGAGACGAUUAACGAUUACGAAAGUAAGGAGAACGUAUCCAGUCAGGCUUCGAACAGAAAAUUCGAGAACAAUGAACGUCUGUUUAGGAAGGAACGGGCCAUUCAAAAUAUAUCCGCGUCUCAAUUCAACGCUCUUACAAUUUCACAUCACAGUUCCGAGGAAAGCGAGAAAAAUCUCUCCGUGGUUCUCAGAUCGCAGGAUAAAAAUUUCGAGGCAGACAAGUUCGGAGAAAUCUUGACUGCACGCGAAACUGCACUCGCGUCGCGGAAGAACACCGUAGAUGACUGGAUGGCGUGGCACACAAGGUUGAGAGAAGAGGAGCAGAAGGUGAAUCGCAUGGAGCAGGCGGCACUGAAAAUUGUUGCGGCAACAUCUAAUGUUUUAUCACAACAAGAUACCACUAUUUCGACCGAUAUGAGCGACGUUGAGGGAAGAAUAGAGAUUCUCACUGAAAAAUUGGCGGAACGACGUAUGGAAGUAUCGCGUCUAAAAAAAGAAACGAGAAAGCAGGCCAAGCAAAGACUACGUGCUAUGGAAGCAAAUCUGCUGAAUCAAAUCAAGAAAUAUGAUACGACCAUUCACGAGAUGCGCAAAAAGCUGGAGUCGAAGAAAGCUAUUAAAGACAGUGAUAAGUUAGCUAUAGAGCCAAAGUCGUUGGCUGACUUCAAAGUACCUGAAAUACCGCUCAAGAGAAUACAAGACAUCUACAAGAGCAGUGAUCUGUUGAGAUCUAGGUCGGAGUCCGACCUUGUGUUAACGAGGAAUCAGCAGAGAGACUUGUUGAAGAUCGUGACCGCCGCGAUAUACGACGACAGGCACGAGAGGAACAAUUCUCAGAAGUCCGUCAGGAACGCCACGGAAUUGAAGAGCACCACCGAUCGUAGCGCCCAGUCUAUGUUUGAAGAAUGUACGUCGACAGAAGUCAGUAGUAGUAAACCUCAGACAACUACUUCAGCGUCGUCGAAUGAUACACGUUCCGAGAGACACACUGUUCCUGCAUCCGUCACUAUCGAGACGAAACAAAAUAGUGUAUCGCACGAUGCGGAGGACAUUGAAACGAUUGUCAGUACAGUGCGGUCGGAAUUGCAGACGAUAUCAGAUGCCGGGUCUUCCAAAGAUCGCAGUACCAUUGACACAGAGUCAGCUAACGACAGGCCAAUCGGUCAUCGUUUUCAGACGCUCGCGACGCAAUCUGAGAAUAUUCCUGAGGAGAUGGGCGAUGUUGACUAUUCGAAGUCUGCUCCGAGCAAGUCCGACCAUCCAACGGUGGAAAGUGCCGCUGCUGUUUCCAAUCACGAUGUACUCACCUUCUCGGAGAAACUCGACUUCCUGCAAUUAAAUAAUAAGAAUUUGAACGAGAAUAUCAGUUCUCUGGAGAACGGGCUUAAAGUACUUUCGGAGAUGAUGUCGCGCUUUAGUAACAAAACGAACGAGGAGUCUAAGGUAGAUAACGAUGAAAGAAGCACGUCCCAAGAUAUCUCGGAGAUAAUUUCCAAGUCAGCUUUCAGCGACAGGGUCGUUCAUACCGGGAGCAAAGAAGAGAAAGCGAUAUCGCCCAAGAAAGAAAUUCACACCGAGUCCCUUUCCACCUUAACGGGUGACAAGAGGUCAAAGUCUUCGAAUGAUCUGAGCCAUGAUAAAUAUAUAUCGGAGAGAAUAGACACAUCCGCAACAAUACCGGGAGUAACCGGCACCCUUUCCAGUUCGGCUCACGAGAUCGAUUACGAAGCUAAGAGCAAGGAGAUCAUGAACGAGAUAGAAAAAUCCAUAUUGUCGGAGCACACCAAAGUGGCGCGCGGCGAUUAUAACGUAAGCCCGGUAUUGGAGAAUGAUAUGCAAAACUUGCGUAAGGAGAACGAAGAACUGUUGAACGAUCUGAUCUCAUUGGAGCUCGAUGUAAAGUCGAUUUCCGAGAUUCUCUCCAAGGUGUCGGAAAGCAGGAGAAGCCUUAAUCUCGCGACGAAUGCCGCGACACAGAUCAUCGAUGGCUCCAAAAGCGAUGCAGGUGCGCGAAGCGAACUGAACGAAGCGAAGGUGGAAGAAGAGCCUGUGAAGGAUCGAGCGAGUGCGUCGCACUCGUCGAGGCUCUCCGAACAAUCUAUCGUUACAUCGAUGCAUUCUCCCAUCGUUGCGGGUCACCGUUCGAAGGAAAUCAAUUCGCAUAGCGCACUUACUGAUCAAACGUCGCGCACCACUGCCAAUGAAGACCUGUCGUCAGAGAAGAUUGUCGAGUCACUGGAAGCGAAUACCGUUGACGAUACAAAAACGUCGAGUAACUUACAGCGCAUUAAAGAUAUUCAAAAGUCGAUUAGACUGCUCAACGAUACUGAAAAUUCAAUAACAUCUAACGUCGAAGAUCAGUCGCGUACAAUUAGCGUGAAUAUAUUGAUGAGGAACGAUGACUGGACGACAUCUGAAUCAUUCGAAGUACCUCAGAGCGAAAUUAGCACUGGAGCGGUGGAAAAAGAAGGAGAUUCAGAGUCCGAGAAUUCGAGAUCGUAUAUAGAUAACAAUUUGAACAAUUUAUCGAAAGAAAAGAACACACCGCACGUUGAAGCCGCGAUGAAGCGAAAUGUCGAAUUGAGCUCGGCAAGUUACGUGGAUAUAUCGGCGUUUAUUCCGAAGGGAGAAUCGACCAACAUUGAAAUACACGAUAUUAUACUUGCCGACAUGACACCUCACGCGACAAAAAGUCACGACGAACUUGACGACAUAUUGGAUAUAAUUGCUAGAGAAAACGAUGAGAAAGAAAGCCCGCACAACGAGAACGAAAAGUUUCCUAACGUAAUCUCUGGUUCUGUAACUGACUUGUUGGAGAAGGUUGAACAUGUCGAUGAUAACGAGAAGAGCAUAAGUAAUCAUAUGCCAGAAAUUUCACAUAAUAAUAAGAUAAAUGUCCCUGCGGAUGAACGAUCUGAAGCAAUAUUUAAUGACGAGACACAAAAAGAUGUAAGCGAAGGAAACUUAGUCUCCGCGAAUAAAUCUGACGAUAUCUAUUCUAAAUCUAUCAAUCGUGAAGAAGCGAUAGAUAUUUCGUCGCGAGCGGCCGAUGAUACCGGCGAGAAAUCUGCCAUUGAUACGAAUUUACACGUGGAGAUCGAUAAUGACGAAAGUCUGCGUGAAGCGAUGUUGGAGGGCCAGGAAAUUAUAAUAACAGAAUUGGAUUCGGACAGUAUGGAGGAUCACGUUUUACCGGAACUCGAAGUCGACGUUAAGGUCGAACUGGCCGAGGACGAGGAAACCGCAAGUGUUGAGAAGCAAAGCGGAGGAGGCAUUGUUCCAGUGGAGAUACAAGAAUACUUGGAGCCAAUCACGGAGCAAGAUAGUUCGGACGGCGAGCAGCUGGACAAUUUAGUGGAAGUCGCUGAAAGCGGAUUAGAUACUGUGGAGAAACUCGUUGCGCCGCUGCGAGCUUCCGCGGAAUCAGAAGCGGACGAUGAAGAAGUCUCCGUACGAACUCAGGGGCAAGCAACAGACCGUAACACGACCAACGCGAGCGAGUCUCCAAGGAAGGAGAACGACGAAGUCGCAACAUCGAAUGAACCAAUAGCCGACGGUAUCAACAAAACCUUUGAUAUACUGAAAGAUCCAGACUAUGAAGACAUUUCCGAGGAGAGCCUCGAGGUGUCUGAGAUUUUAGACAAGAACGAGCUACCGAAAGCAAGUGCCAUGAGGAAAUCCGCCGGCUUACCGCAGAAGUAUCAGGCUACGCAAAAAUCGGACGAGGUCCUGAGAAUAUUGGACGAGAUCUCGCAGAAAUCAUCGGCCGACUCUGCAAGCGAUUCGCCGAAGGACGAGAAAGAUGCGCGGAGCGUGACGGAGGAGAUCAGCGAGCUCCUGGCUGCGGAAGUCUCCGCGGAGAACAACGCUUCGUCUCCUGAGCUGGCGAAGGAUAAGAUCGGUGAAGGAUUUUACAAGGACGAAUCGGGGGAUCGAUUCGUGGAAGGGGCGACGGUAUCGCGAAGAAAACAACCGAUAGGGGCGGCGAGCGAUACCGGCAUAGACGAGGAGAAGAGCAGCAGCAGCAGGAUUUCCUCGAAAUUACAGGACGAGGGACUGCAGAACGACAAGUCCUCCCAAAUAAUAUACGAACUGCGUGAGAGAGUCUCGCGGCUGCAGGAGCAGGAUGGCUCGUCCGAGUCCAGCGAGGCCGGCGACACUCCAAGAGGUGUAUCCGAGAUCGAGAUGGACUCGCCGAGAGACUUCAACGACUCCAGACUGGACAUCGAUAUCCUAGACGAUGAUCUAUUGAGCGGCACCAAGACGGCGAAUCAGAACGUCGACAUGAAAAACAAUUUCCACUCCGCGUCUAUCGUCGCCACGUCCGAGAAGGACAUCGAAGCCAUGAUCUAUAAAUUAAAAGCCUCACUGGAGCAACCCGGUUUGGAAGUGGCCGAUUUGGAAGCCAAGUUGCUCCGCAUCGAACAGCUGGAAAUCGAAUUGGAGAUAAAGAAACUGGAAGCGGAAGAGGUGUCUUACUACGUCCGAGAGAUACCGAACAAACCUCCACCGCCUUACACCCCGCCCGAAGACGGCCGUUUGUCAACCUCGCUCGGCUCGCCCUCCUCGCUGUUGACCGCGGUGAUACCGUCGAACGUCGAGGAACUGACGUCGUUCACCGAGAAAGCCACGACCCUGAUAUACAACGCAAAAGUAGCCGGCGAAGACGUCGCGAAUCUCGAAGCGCCUCCCGAAAUCUACGAGUUGACCAAGGAGAAGAACGAGGUCGUGAGGAAGGACAGACGGAUCUACAACACCUUCCUCUUCGAUCUCUGCAAGGAGACUGUCGCGGAGGUUUACCGUGCGGAAUACGAGAAGCCUGGCCCGAGCUGGACGAAGCCGAACGUGAAGACGAAGCCGACCAUGAAGAUCCCGAAGACCGUGGAGGAGCUUACCGAGUACGUCGGCAAGGAGGUCGCGACGCUUUUCGGUUUCAAGACGAAACUGCAGCGAGAGAACAUGGUGAUGCGUUGGAGCAGGAAGCGCAGGGACAGGGUGGACGAGCUGUUGGCGAGGGAGGCCCAGGCCGAAGAGGACGAGUGGACCAAGUUCCAUCACGACGAGCUGGCGGUAAAGAACGGACUCACGGUAGCUAUAUUGGACACCCUCGUGAUGGAGACCGCGAAUGUGGUGAAAUUAGCGUACGGCAAGAAGAGGAGGCUCAUGGUCUAACGAUGAUUUGUCGCUGGCUUGACGACUGAAACAGCCGAUGAACGCUUCUCUCUCGGCGCCCACUGCACUCCGAUUACGGAGUGUGAUGGUACAUAUAUAUAUAUAUCCCUUCAGUCAAUGUUUCCUCAGGACUGUAGGAUCGCUGCGAAUCCCGCGUCACGUCGUCCGUCAUACGAUUAUUCAUUAUACUUUUUAUUGUUUCUAGUACCUUGCAUAUGUAGUAACGUAUAGGCUGGUUCCUAUUAUUCCUAUUUAUUUGUUGAGUAUGCGCGAUUUGUUGUCCCUUUUCCUUCUCGUCUCUUUCAACCGAGCUGACGUGUGUAUAUAUAUAUAUGUAUGUGUGUGUGUGUGAAUGCCCCAGUUAUAUACCGAAUAGGAGACAAACAUGAGAUGUGAGUGAGAUGAGAUAGACGAAUGUUAGAAGCGAGAGCGAGUGUCACGAGAACACUUGGCCGACGCAAACGACCGCAAUUUGAUAAUCAAAUGUCCUAGGUCAGUUUUAAAUUUUAUCUCCCGUUAAGGACGAGAGACUUUAGGCGAGUCUCUUAGCGUUUUAGCAAUGUAAUCUCCACGCAUUUGUAUGUAAGAGGUAUCAUAGGGCAGUUAUUAACGCGAAACAGACGCGAGAUACUUCGUUUCAGGAAAAAUGAAACAAACGCCGAUCAUCGAAUAACACGAAGCGUUUCGUUCAAUUAAUUUGCGCGGAGGAGUUACUAGAUUAAUUAGUGUGAAUAUAUAUACAUAUAUAUGAUCUCUCGGAGGAAUCCAUUUUGAUUAGAAAUCGCGUACAAAUUUUAUAUCUUACCUCUUAGUUCACGCCUGUAAGCGUCGUUAAAUACAUUGCGGCUUAAUAAUUGUACGAUAUACUUUGUUGUAACAAUUAACGAUUAACGUAUUGUUGCGCAGUAUCUCUUUCAGUGCUCUGUUUUCGCGGCACCGUAAUUGAACGAAAUGCUCUCUCCCGAUCGCAGCAUGUAAAUCGUAUUUCCAUAACGAGGACAUAACGUAGAACUAUAAGUAGUCAAGAGUUUUCGAUAAGUCACGUCGAACAUCAGUCGUAUGCUCAAUUACUCGUAAUGAAAUUAACAAAAUUCAGACGGAAAGACUGAUAUUUUGGGGCCAUUUUAAUCGAAAUUGUAAACCGUUAAACAAAGUACAUAAAAAAUCGAGAAUAUAAUGGUGGUGGGCGUCGGCUAUACAGGGUGAGGCGCACUUUAUCACACGGAGAACACGUGUUCUCUUUUUUUUUCUUUAUCGCUCUCUCUCCGAGUAUUUUAGACGGUAUUGCUUUAUGUGCUUCUCCCCAGCGUAUCGACUUUCGAUUUUCAGGUAAAACGGAGGAAUCCUUUUUUCUUCUCUUUUUUUCAGUAACUCGAAUACAUCGCCCUUACUGCGUAGAAAUACAGUCAACAUCAAAUCCUAUACAGUCAUUACAUUAUCUCGAUCGAAACUACCUGCAACUUCAUUUUUAAAUGGACUGAUAAUCGAUCGAUUUAGUUCGCGUUACUCUCGGUCGACGCAAUUCUGUUUCACUUAAUUUUACGUUCGUGGUUGUGAUGUAAAACGUAAAGCUUACAGGAUCGCGAGUGAUAGCACGUCGACUGUUCGGCACAUUCAGGUGUGUAAUGCGUCAAUAUGAAGUUCACGAUUUUUCCCUAGUUGCUCGAGCGUCACCCUCGCACGUGCUCAUGAACUCGUUGCACCCUGUACGCUUUAGGGAUGUAAAUACUGCAACGCUCAAGUAUGCGUCGUUCAGCGUUGUUCCCCCCCACGCCGGUAAAGUAUCGUUUAAUUUUAAUUAAGAACGCAAAAUCUGUUGAAUUCGACAUUUUUAGGACGCCCUGAAGAGCCUUCCUCCCUCUGUACUUUACAGGGUAAUUCUUUCGUAUUUCCCCACAUAUUUUUCUUACGUUAGCACGGUCAGCUCGAAUCUUCUCGACCGUUUGUAGUUGUUGCAUAUAUACAUAAAAAAUUAUAUAUGUAUAUAUAUAUAUAUAUGUGUAUGUAUAUAUAUAUAUAUAUAUAUAUAUAUAUAUAUAUAUACACAGAGAUUGUUCACGUACGUAGUGUUGGAUAUGUACUUAACUAAGGUAUAAUAUAUUUUAUAAUAAACUUUUUCGAAAAAGAGAAUUAUUUUAUUUUACGUGUACGGACAGAUGCAUAAAUAAACGUUUAUUAUAAUAUUUCGCGAAAGAGGUCUUUCAAAGAAAUAGAUUGCAUAACAGUUUUUAUAUGGUAUCGUAUGAUUUUAAUGAUUCAUCCAUUUAAGCGUACAAGAUUUUAUAUAAUUAUAAAGUAUUCCUGUAUAUUUUAUAUCGUAAUCUGUGAUUAAUAGCGUGAAAACUUCUCUCCCACGUUACUUCGUCGAGUAUCUGCGAAUUCCUAAGACGAAGAAGUCUGAUAAUGCCACGUAGAGUUGUCGCUAUGCUUCAAGAUCAGGGAUUUGUCUCACAUAUAAGUAGAAAAAAGAUACAAUCAUAAAGUUUCUUGAUUGAAGCAGACAAGCUCCGGCCUUUGAAUGUCGUUUGAUCGAAAAUAUGUGAGGAAAAAAGGUUAGAAAAGAAACUCGCUAAUGGCGAAUGAGACUUACAAAAUUAAGAGCAACCAUCAUCUCUCACGUUUUUAUGAAACAAUUCAAUCGGGAACGUCUCGUCGGAAGAUCGAAAUGAAACAAAGUAAUGCGCAUCUUCUCUGGAAGUAUGAUGUACGUUGUAUGUGCAACCAAAAAUAUACGUCAACGAUACAGAUUAGAGAUGCGUAAAACCAAUAAAAAAUAUAAGAAUAUAUACAUAUGUAUUCUAUAUCUAUAUAUAUAAUAUCAAUAAUAGCAAGAUCGUUCAACGAUUUGCCGUUUCAAUAAUGGAAUACAUGAAAAUGACUAGAUUCCGCUUAGAAUCUCCUCUUCGAUACUUCAUCGUCGAGAAAAGAAUUCAAUACACGCACACGUAUAUGCAUGGACAGCAUUUCUUUUUUUUUUUCUUUCAAAUACUGCACGCGUAUUAAGCUCGAGUCCGUCCAAAUUCAAACGUCAGUCGGGAAAGCUA